AUGGAGAGUCAUCUAAAAGAAGAACAGAACAUCGAUGAUAUUCUUGAUGAUUUAGAGAAUGCUUCACGUAUUCCUUCAAAGCAACGAUCUGUGAAGAUUUCAAGUCACGUUGAUAGACUGUGCUCGAGAGCAUAUGGAGAGGGGUUAUCUAACGCGUCGUUGGAAAAGCUAAUGGAUAUCAUCACUCUUCCCAACGAGCUUGAUCAAGUGAGCAUUGGCAAUUUAAUCAAGUAUCUUUAUCCAACCAGCAAGGUUUCAGAUUCAAUAGUCAUCAAAGUAGUAGGGAGCCUGGGUCAUGGAAAAGACAGACCUUCCUAUGCAGCUCAGGCGGCGUUGUUAAAAUGGAUAGUCCUGGUCUACGAUGUUCUGGAGAAUCAAAAGAUUUUGUCACAGCUCUAUGCUGUACUAUUCAACUUACUCGACACCAUCGCUCUCAGAAUGCAAUGGACACGGAAGGCGGGCCACGAUCCGGCUCUGGUAGGCCUUAUGAGGGUAUACAAAGAUUACUAUCCGGAGGUAAUCCAUCCAAAUCGUGAAUGGCGAGAAAGGCUCGGCGAGAUACAAGAAGACCAUCUUAGGAGGAUGGAAGAGGAGCUUGUCUCUACCCAUCGAAACUUCCGCGUGCCACGAAAGACUGUCAGAGACAGGAAGCAUGGAUUCUUACCCGAAGUAAAUACGUUGUAUGCACAGGAUAUACUACCUUCGGCAUGCCUUUCCUAUUUGAAAUCGUUACUGCCUUGCUGGGACGGUUUUACAAACCGUGAUGUGAUCUUAGAGCUGUUGGCUUAUAUUCGUAUUGGUUCUUUCGAUGUUCGGAUAACUAUUCCCCCACCUCAAGUCGUUUAUACUCUUUACUUCAGCUCUAACUUAUCGGUAAUCGCCCGCACUUGCAACAUCCUCGCCCUCUACAAGAAAGCUUUCGAAAUGGCUAUGGCUCCCCGCACAAACCCGGCUGCACCAGCCAAUCAAUCUUAUCCCAAAGAAUAUGUCAAUCGCUUCAAUGGUUUCCUGAUGGAUAUCUGCAAUUGUUUAUGGAGAUCACGGGCCUUCUAUACAAUAGAUGUGAACGCACUAGGUUGUUUACUCCCAGAGCAGACAAUGGGGACAUUAAGUUCUUACAUUUCCAAGCUGGAGACAUCCCUUUCACUGAGUUCUCUAUUCAGUAUUUCGUGCUCACCAGCGAUAUGCCGGCACGCCAUCACAUACAUGAGGGAGUUAGAAGAUCAGGCUGAGGAUGAAAUCAACGUCAGACACGCUGGGCCAGUAACACAAGUAUCAUUAAAGAAACUUGGAAAUGACGGCGGAUUGUCCAUAUCAUGGCAGGACUAUCGACUGGGUGUUUUAAAAUAUUUGGAAGGCAAAGGUCUUCCUGGGGCUGGAGAAUUAAUGUAUAACACUAUGAAGCAUCUCAUGGCUGCAAGAGAACAUGCUGUAUAG